CAGAGAGCAGAGAUGAGGAGUUGUAAGGUGGAUAUUUUAAAUUAAAAAUGAGGCGACUGCAGAAGUUCAGAGCGCUGCUCGGUGUUUUCUGGUUUCUCCGGUUCGUUUCUCCCUCAGGCUCUGAGGGAAUCAUCCACUCCUCUUCUCCUUCUGCUGCUGCCCCAUCUUCCUCAUCUCCUCCUCCUCCUCCAGUGGCCCAGUCCUCCCAGUCCUCCCAGUCCUCCCAGUCCUCCCAGGAGUUUCUGUCCCAGUUUACCCAGAUGAAUUCUCCAAACAGCGGCGACCGUAAACACCGAGACGCCAGCGCCGUGCUGCCCUUCAUCGGCCUCACCAGCAGAGCUGAUCAGAGCCGCAGCUGCUGUAAAAACGGAGGAACUUGCAUCCUGGGCAGCUUCUGCGCCUGCCCUCCAUUCUUCACCGGGAGGAGUUGCGAGUACGACACCCGACUCAGACGAUGUGACGUUGUUCCUCACGGUGAGUGGGUCCAGAAAGGCUGCUCCUACUGCCGCUGUUUCUACGGCGACUUGCAUUGCUUCCCUCACGUUUUCCACGAAGACUGUGAUGACUCGGAUGAGGCGGUUCGUUGGGAUCAUUCGGCGGCGCUCAGGUUGACGCCUCUCAGCCGUUUCCUGUUUCUGCUGCUGCUACUUCCUGUGCUGCUCGUCUUCUGAUGUCACCGGAUUUUAUUCUCUGAUCGGCUCCAAACCGACAUGCGAAUAAUAAGAUUGAUGAAGCUGCAGUAUUUAUUUUAAUGAGAAAAAAAAAACCUCCUGAUGUGCUUUAAUGAAGCUGAUUGGACAGAGAAGUCCUUUCAAAAUAAAACCUGUUUGUCUGAAAGAUCUAAAUGUACGGAAGAAGAUUAGUACCACUACAAAAAAUCUGACCUUUUUUCCCCUUGGAGUUCUGAUCUUAAUCUCAAAAAUUUGAUUUAUUUUUUUGUCAGAUUUUACUUUUUCUUACAAUAUUCACUUUUUUUCCCUCAAAAUUGUAACAUUUUCCUCAAAUUUUGGCUUUUUUCUCUCAGAAUUCUGAAUUCAGUCUCAGAUUUCCAACUUUAAUCUCAGAAAUUUUUACUUUUUCUCAGAAUUUUUAAUUUUUUUUUCCAAAUUGUGACUUUUGUUCUCUGAAUCCUUUUUUUAACCUCAGAUUUUUAACUUUAAUCUCAGACUUUACUUUCAGAAAUGUGACGUUUUUUUGUUUUUUCUCUAAAUUGUUGCUUUUCCCUCAGAAUGUUGAUGUUUAUUUCUGACUGUUUUUUUCUUCAUGUUCAUCCGACAUUAAAGCCAAAACUCUGAAAACGGAUCAUAUUUUUUGUCCAGUGGGCCUAAUAUUCUUCCAUAAUAUUCUUCCAUAAUAUUCUUCCACAAUAUUCUUCCAUAUAAAUUAAAUGAAUAAGUUGUAUAUGAGAUUUUUAUGGAAAAUGUUUCAUUUGUCGUUUUAUUUUUUCUUUGUGAAAGAAAAACUUCCUGUGAUUGUUUGAAAUGAUCCGGUGUGACGUUUUGUCUUUAACUCUAACCUGGUUUGUUUAAUUAAACUUUAUUUAUGCUGCUGA